UCCCAGUGGGGCAGGUCCCAGAGCACUCAGCAGCUCUGCCCGCGUGUCUACCCCACAGAGCCCACGGCCAUGGCAGCCCUGGCGGCUGGAGUAUCCAGGCGGCGGGCGGCAGCUGAAGGGCUUGGUUCCAACCAGAAGGCCAUGAAGUACUUGGACCAGGACUUUGAGACCUUGAGGCAACAGUGCUUGGACUCAGGCGUCCUAUUUAAGGACCCAGAGUUCCCAGCAUGCCCAUCAGCCUUGGGCUACAAGGACCUGGGCCCAGGCUCCCCCGAAACUCAAGGCAUUGUCUGGAGGCGGCCCACGGAAUUGUGUUCCAGCCCUCAGUUCAUCGUUGGUGGAGCCACGCGCACAGACAUUUGUCAGGGUGGUCUCGGUGACUGCUGGCUUCUGGCGGCCAUUGCCUCCCUCACCUUGAAUGAAGAGCUGCUUUACCGGGUGGUCCCCAGGGACCAGAACUUCCAGAAGAACUACGCAGGAAUCUUUCAUUUUCAGUUCUGGCAGUAUGGAGAGUGGGUGGAGGUGGUCGUCGAUGACAGGCUGCCCACCAGGAACGGGAAGCUGCUUUUCCUGCACUCGGAGGAAGGCAAUGAAUUCUGGAGUGCGCUGCUGGAGAAAGCCUACGCCAAGCUCAAUGGUUCUUAUGAGGCUCUUGCUGGAGGGUCCACAGUGGAGGGGUUUGAGGAUUUCACUGGUGGCAUCUCUGAGUUUUAUGAUCUGAAGAAGCCGCCGCCCAGUCUGUAUCAUAUCAUCCGGAAGGCGCUCCGCUCCAGCUCUCUGCUGGCCUGCUCCAUUGAUGUCUCCAGUGUGGCUGAAACGGAAGCCAUCACCCGCCAGAAGCUGGUGAAGGGUCACGCAUACUCUGUCACCGGAGUCGAAGAGGUGGAUUUCCAGGGCCAUCCGGAGAAGCUGAUCCGACUCAGGAAUCCGUGGGGAGAAGUGGAGUGGACGGGAGCCUGGAGUGACAAUGCACCAGAGUGGAGCUACAUAGAUCCCAGGCAGAAGGAAAAGCUGGACAAGAAAGCUGAGGAUGGAGAAUUUUGGAUGUCUUUUGCGGAUUUCUUGAGGCAGUUCUCUCGCCUGGAGAUCUGCAACCUGUCCCCGGACUCCCUGAGCAGCGAGGAGGUGCACAGAUGGAACCUGGUCCUGUUCAACGGCCGCUGGACGCGGGGCUCCACCGCGGGGGGCUGCCAGAACUACCCAGCCACGUACUGGACCAACCCCCAGUUCAAAAUCCAUUUGGAUGAGGUGGACGACCACCAGGAGGAGAGCGAGGGUGAACCCUGCUGCACGGUGCUGCUGGGUCUGAUGCAGAAGAAUCGCAGGAGACAGAAGAGGAUGGGACAGGGCAUGCUCAGCAUCGGCUACGCGGUCUACAAGGUCCCCAAAGAGCUGGAGUGUCACACAGAUGUGCACCUGGGCCGGGACUUCUUCCUGGGCCACCAGCCCUCAGCGCGCUCCAGCACCUACAUCAACCUGCGGGAGGUCUCCAGCCGGGUCCGGCUGCCCCCGGGGGAGUACCUGGUGGUGCCAUCCACCUUCGAGCCCUUCAAGGACGGCGACUUCUGCCUGAGGGUGUUCUCAGAGAAGAAAGCCAGAGCCCUGGAAAUGGGGAAUGUGGUAGCUGGAGACCUGCACGAGCCACAUCCCAGUGAGGUGGAUCAAGAAGACGGCCAGUUUGAGAGCCUGUUUGAGAGGCUGGCAGGGAAGGAUUCUGAGAUUGGUGCCAAUGAACUCAAGAAGGUUCUGAAUGAGGUGUUUUCCAAACGAACGGACAUAAAAUUCGAUGGAUUUGACAUCAACACUUGCCGGGAGAUGAUCAGCCUGAUGGAUAACAAUGGGACGGGCACCUUGGGACCAGUGGAAUUCAAGACGCUCUGGUUGAAGAUUCGGAAGUAUCUGGAAAUCUAUCAGGAAACUGAUUAUAACCACUUGGGGACCAUUGAUGCCCACGAGAUGAGGACAGCCCUCAAGAAGGCAGGUUUCACCCUCAACAACCAGGUGCAGCAGACCAUAGCCCUGCGGUAUGCAUGCAGCAAACUCGGCAUCGACUUCGACGGCUUCGUUGCCUGUAUGAUCCGCCUGGAGACCCUCUUCAAACUGUUCAGGCUUCUGGACAAGGACCAGAGUGGCAUUGUCCAGCUCUCUCUGGCUGAGUGGCUGUGCUGUGUGUUGGUCUGACGCAGAGUUUUGGACAUUGGCAACGCUCCCUGCCAGCCUGCCUGCCCCUUUUCUCCCCUACUUUACAGCUUUGUGAACAUUUAUCCUUGAAUGGCGUUCACUGGUUAUUCAUCUCCUGUCUGUCAUUGUCCCCUGAGAUCCUGGCCUGUCCCACUGGAGCAGUCUGGAGAGCCCUGGGUCUCUCUCAGCGGCGUUGCAGCUGACCAGCUGACCAGGGCCCACUGGAGGGACAGAAAUCAAUUAAAGAUGUGAGCCAAAAUGA